AUGGGUGAUUUUGUUAUGAAUAAAUUCGAAGAAGAACUUGCUAAAUAUAAGCAGUUUGAGAAAGAUCGCGAAAAGAAUAUUCAUAAUCGACAACAACUUGAAGGACAGUUAACGGAAAAUAAUCUUGUGAAAACCGAGCUUGAUCUUCUGGAAGAUGAUGCAACGGUAUACAAAUUAAUUGGACCAGUGCUAAUUAAGCAAGAUCUUGCCGAGGCAAAACAAAAUGUUGAAAAACGCAUAGAUUAUAUCACAAGUGAAAUAAAGCGGCUAGAGGAAACGAUAGCAAAUGCUGCAACAAAGCAAGAAAAUCAGAAACAAACAGUGAUGAGGUUACAAAACGCAGUAACUCAACGGUUCCGGACGAAAUGA